AUGCCCAGGCGCAGGGAGUUCCUCGACCCGAGUCUUCCAAAGGGAGUUCAUGCUCCGCCUGUCCCAGGAAUCACAGCACAAAUAAUCUCGCAGGACAAGAAAGCUUUCCCAAGCUAUCCUUCUCCCGAUAAAGAGCCUAUCGUUGAGGGUGACGAGUUGUCUGAAUAUUUCAGCGUUCGCACCGUCACGACCUAUAUUGCCGUUACCAAUAACACACCAUUUUCAAUUCAUCUUCGGGUUGAUAGGCCGUAUCCUGUGAAAAUGGACUGCUCGAAAUUGCAGUUUGAGAUCUUUGUUGAUGGGAAGUUUGUGUGGGAUGCUUGGUGUCAUAAGCCUCGGUAUCAGGAUAAUGGAAAUGUGUGGGAGGAAAUUAUUGGGGGACUGAAACUGGGGAAGGGUCGAAGUUGUGAAAUCAAAGACUUCAAAUUCAUGGGACUCAAGACCAACGAGGAAAGCAUGUCCUAUACGGCCCUUCAGCGUGUUAAGGAAUCCAUGGCCAAGAUUGGCAAGAUUGAGAUCAAGGUAUAUAGAACGAUGUAUGGAAAGAAAGGUGGCGAUGUCAAGAAUAGCAAGAAGGGGUUCUUGACCAAGAACAACAGAGAGGUUCCUGAGAAAGCAUUGAAGGGUGAGGCAAAGAGCCAUGGUACUGCAUUGGACGAAGGGCGAAAGACAAUCAGGGGAGAUGUGUGGCGAGAGGCCAACAAACAUGGUGAACUUCCAAUUAUCAUUUUUCGCUUCCUAUAUCGCUCAGAAGGUCUGUACUAUCCAGUUACCCAAGAAGAAUCUAUCGCUAAUCUGAACGCACUCGAUACAGAAGCGCUGAAAUCUCUGCAUAUUAUUGAACACACUCCUGGUUCAUCUCGCUCCAGUUCACCAGAAAGUGAGCACGAGGCUAGUAGCGGCUUAUCAGCUGCUCAAGCAAAGCAAGUCGAGGACUUACUUAAAUCUUUCAGAAAGUCGGCGGGCGGAGGCGGUGGAUCAAGCAGUCGGAAAGAAAUAAAGACGGAAGAUAAAUUGGGUAAUAGAAAGAGAAUAAAAAGAGAAGAGGAGCCGGAAAGCAGCGAAAUGGCUGCAAGGCGACGUAGAGCUGAAAAAGGCAAGGGGAGAGCAGUUACGAUCGAUCUGACAGCAGACAAUAGCGGCGACGAUGAAGAGUCUGUGAGAAGAGCCACAAAGCGACGUAGAGUUGCAAAGGGCAAUGGAAAGGUAGUCGCGAUCGAUUUAACAGCAGAUAGCAGCGGUGAGGGCGAGGACAAAGAUGAAGAGCCUAAUAUUUUUAGUGACGAGGAGAAAGAUGUUGAUGACAAAGACAAUAAUUUGUUUGUCCAAGAUGAUGGUCCACGAAGGAAGUGGCCGUUGUGGAGACGUUCUAAUUUGUUCAAAUACUCUUAA